UUUUGUUAUUGAUAGUGACUGUUUACAUACAGCUUCUUGAAAAUUGAUGUUCUUGAGCAGAACAUUAAAUUGUAAAUUUUGUAAAAUUUUCCAUGUAAACAUGGAAAAUGUUCUCAUCGAUGACUUGCCUGAAGAGAUACUUCCGCUCAUAUUCAACAAUCUAGCGUUGAGGGAUCUGAAAAAUGUAUCCCUUGUAUGCAGGAUAUGGUCACACGUUGCCUUCUCAGGUCGAUUCCUUAACAAGUUUUUAUUACCGUAGCGAUCAGCUAGUGAUAGAUAUAUUAUUGACGGUGAUUAGGAAACUCGAGAAUUCUAUCAUCACAGUGAAGAUUUGUCCCAAUUAUUUUAUCAUGUUACAUGACUUACGUCAGAUUUUGGGACUGGUACCUAAUCUGGAAAAUCUUUACAUUGUGUCUCGAAUUUGCCCAGAGCUCGGUGGGCGAGAAAUUAUGGAGCCAUUUCCGGUGCUACGAAGGCUCAAACAUCUGUACCUGGAGAAUGAUGGCGGUCUACAGCUGGAUGAAAUUGAUUUCCGUGAUUUAACUCCGAACAUCGUCAGCCUGGAUAUGGAUUGUGACUCGGAAAGAGCGCUGGCUGUGUACAAACAUUUUAGCCUGCAGCUCCGCGAGAUUGCCGUUUUCUUCAAGAGAGAUGACUUCUUCCUUCCGUUUUGUGACCUGCGGUUCGCCGAAUUGGAAGUGCUAGAUUUUCACAGCGAUGAUCAACAAUUUGAUGUCCCAUACGCGGUACAAACGAUUUGUAACUUCUUCCGGCGGAUGCCCAAACUACAGAAGCUCACAUUGCGAUGCAAAGUGAACGAACAAGUUCUUGCGGCAAUAACCACGAGUUGUCCAGAAUUGACGACGUUGUAUUUGAAAGGGGAUAACCUGGAGGACACAUCUUUCCGACAUUUGAGCCAUUUGAAAAAGUUGAAUAGUCUUAGAAUCGAAGGCUGGAUUCGAUGUGACAUUCUGCACACUUGCAACCCUCUUCCAUCUCUACACAACAUAUAUCUGCACUCUAUGCUUAUCGAUGACACGCAAGGAUUUUUCGGGCUGCUUAAGGAUUUUGCGCCCAAUCUCCGAACACUGGAGGCUAUCGAAUCGGACAUCGAUGACGAAUGUUUGAAGCAUAUUAGUUGUAACAUUACGACGCUUCAAACUUUGGUGCUGGAUUUUUGCCCUAAUAUCACCGAUGAGGCCUUCUGUUUUUUGGAUCGUCUCGAACAGCUGCGCGUCUUGAAGCUAGGCUAUUUGGAUAUUCCACAGACUCUUUUCGAAAUAAUACCGGAAAACUCAAUCCGCCAUUUCUCACUGUAUCGCUGUGAUAAAAUUGAUGACACAGCGCUGCCGAUGGUAGCGGAGAAAUUCCCCAAACUGUGUUACCUGGAGAUUGCCAGCUGUCACAAGAUAACGCUCGAAGGCGUUGAGAAGAUACGCGAGCUAAUGCCCAAUACGAAUGUAGAGAGUUUUCUACUUUUCUAGCUAAACGGGAAAACCACAACAAAAUACUAUACGCUACUAUUUGGUCGUAUUCAGUGCAAACUGCAACGAUUUUACGACGAACGAGAUGAAAUCGAUGGCUGACUAUUCCUUUUUUUAGUAAAUACACCUCUAACUAUGACCACUAGACCACAUUGACGCCGUGUAAAUGAAUGCACACUAGCUCUUAAUCAAGUCAAUAAUGUAAAUCUAACCUGAUGUAUAGUUUAAGCUUUAAUCAUGAGCCAGUUGUAAGAAACAUCGCUUACCAAAGACAGUGAGAAGAUGAACGUUUCUGUUUCUGUCACAGUAAAUCUUCUGAAGAUACUUUCAUUGUUGUCUGCCAUCCAUGGUCGAACUCCGUUUCUUUUCCCGAAUAUUUUCCAUGUUUUGUUCGAAAUUAGAUCUGAAGUUUUAGCCCUCGUUUUGAUAAUGUUAAUGUUAGUUACCUUCAUUAACCCACUAUUUGCAGCAAAUAAACGAUAGAAUUCUGAAUAGAAGUAUCGGAAUAAAAAAAAGUGUCUCGCCAAGGAAACAUCUGAAAUUUUCGAUCGUAGAUUGUGA